AUGUGUCGAUGGGGUUGUUUCAAUUAUGAAUCCACGUACAUGUGUAAAUUUUGCGGUACACGUUAUUGUUCUGAGUGUCUUCAUGGAGAUUUCUAUGGAACAAUGAAAGAGCCUGAUCAAUGCCGUAAAUGCAAUCAACCAAAAUGUCAAGGGAAACGUGUUGAAGUUGUUGUGUUUGCACCUGGUACUGAGCCAAAAGCACCAAAAAAAUCUGCCAAAGGCGGAAAAGGUUCAAGCAAAGCGACUGGCGGCAAAAAAUCAAAGAAGAAAAAGUGA